AUGUCGUGUGAUUUAAAACUAAACGAUUUACUUGAGCUGUCGAAAGUGUAUGCACCAGAGUACAAUAUGCCAGAACUACAUGAUCGAGUACUGGUGUUUGAUGUCAUGCAAGAUGGUUGGGAGACACACGCAAUUCUCGCAAGUAGUGAACAUGGCGAUGAUUCUGUGAAUGUUGAGGAAAAUCCUGGCCAAAUUUCGACGACUAUUUCAAACGAAGUACUACAAGAUGUUAAAAAUGGAAGCAAUUCAGACGGCGAAGUGAGUGUAGAGGUAGAAUCUAACGAAAUCAAACCUGAAGUCGAGCGAAAUAUCGAAACAGGAAGUACUUCCGGGCAAGAUUCUAGCACAAGCCUCAACAAUGAAUCGCAGAAUGAAACUGCAACUUUGGUUGCAAGUGACGAAAACCAGCUGGCUCAAGGUUCUACUUACUCUACAGAGAACUUUGAAUAUUCUAAGAAAGGAAUCCUUCGGCAACACAAGAUAUUUGUUCACAGUUCAUGGCUAGCUGUACAGAGCAAAUAUUUCCGCUCUCUGUUCUACUCAGGUAUGAGGAAUAUACAGCUUAUUCAGUUAACGUUGCCCUCUGCAGGUAUAAACUCACACCGCAACAUCUAUAAGCACGAGAAGCACAAUAGACGUGUUUAUUAUUACGGCAUUAGUUAUACAAAAUGCAUGUUAGCACUGGUUGUUAUAUGUUUUCCUAAUAGUUAUACAAAUGAAUUUAAGAGCUCUAUGCAUGAGCCCCGGCCAUUUAAAAACUUAAGCUAAACUUAUGAGCCGUGAAAAUGAUAUGUAAAUAACGUAGCAGUUUGAACAAUUGUUUAAUUAAUCAUUGUUUAAUUAAUUUAUGAUGCUUUUGAAGGUGCUGUAAACGGCUUAAAGAUAUUUCGUGAGAUAUGUCCUCUCUAUUGAUCAUAGAUUUCCAUGCACCAAUAAAUAUAUAGGAAAAUGAACCCUGAUUAUCAUAUAGUCAAUGAACUCACGACUAUAGGAAAUAUUCCAAGUUCCAUGCAUACACGAUUACAUGUUAGUUGCGUGGAAUGAGAAACAUGAUAUAUUUAUGAUUUAAUUACAGUACUUGAUUAUGACCUUCAGGAAUGAAACUCGGUUUUAUAAUAAAUUGAAAAAUUGUAAAUGGAUAAUGCAUGCAGUUCCAAAAUUAAAAAAUAAAGUGGUGUAAAACAUAUUGUUACAUUAUUUGCUCUUGCCCCAAUGACCUCGUUUUCAUGUGGGUUAUGUUUCGUGCGCAAGAGCUAUAGAAAUAAGUUUGUGAUUGACCGCAAACGAAUUGUGUUCAAAUUGACUGUAUUUUAUAGAAACUUUUAGUUUUGUGGAGGUUUUUAUAGAGAACAGAUUCUUUCGAGUAAUUAAAGAUUGUAUUUUAGUUGCUACUUUAUAAAAAAUAUCCAAUUUAUAUAUCCAAUCUUUACCUGAAAAUGUAAAAACCAAACCAAAUGUUUAUAAGGUUUACAACAUCUAUUGAAGACAUAACGUCUAUUCUUCUCUCAACGUACCAUAGAUGUUUUUAAAAACAAUUAUUAAUAUUAUUAAAAACAUCUGAAUAUAUAAAACCCAAAGAAUGUCUAAAAUUUAAAACGAAAAAAUUUUAAAUAAUUUUUUUUAAUUUUUGAAGUUCCGCUUAGUAUUUUAUACGUGUUUCGUUGAGUUCCAUGCAGAACUGUUCGUAACGUGCCGGACAUGAUCGGAUUACGUGCAGGAAUGACAUGUGCUUGAGUCGCUGUAAAGAAAACUUGCCGUAUUUAGUAUUAUUAUGUAAUUUUUAAAGGAUACUGCACUGUAUAUGCGCGAAAUAAAGGAACUGUUAGUUGUAGAAACUUGGACAAGUGUAAGUUUAUGCUAUACAGUUGAACGGAGCGAACAUUUAAGCCUUACUUAAUAAAUAUUUAAAUAAAUAGUUUUCUAAAUUAUAGUUUUGUACUCGAGUUUUGUCGGUUUAUCGCUUCAAUAUGCAUGUUCAUAUGUUUUUAAUGUAAUUGUUUUUCAAAGCAUCUAUAUAGUGUGUUGAGAGAGGAAUAGACGUUAUGCCCUCAUAGGAUGUUUUAAACUAUUUCCUUGCUUCAAUAAAGUAAAAUUGUGUAAAUGUGUCUCGGUUGUUACAUCCCUAUCAUGCACCUGUACACAGCUAAAUAAAUUGUUUUUUCUCUCUGUCACAGGUAUGAAGGAGUCUAGCAGCAAGGAGGUGCAUGUUAAAGUCAGCGAAUGUGAAGAGGCGACUCACUUGAUGUUGCUGGAAGCAACCUAUAAAGCAGAUAUCUUGAAUGGUGCUACUGUAGAGGAAUUGUUAGCUGUAUUGGAGCUAGCUGAUAAGUAUGAUGUGAAAUUUGUGUUUAAGAAAUGUAAGUAUGUACUGCAAACACGUGUGACUACAUUAGAUAUUUGCAAGCAAGUUAUGCACGUUAUCAAGGAGAAACACAGUUUUGGUGAUGUCGAAGAUCUGGCAGCCACCAUGCAAGUUACAAUGGGUGGGAAUUUUACUCCCUUAGAAAAUCAUUGGCAGGUAGAGAAAUUCACCAGUCAGUCGCAACCGUUCGUGCAAUAUCUGUUAGGAAGCAGUAAUCUCCAGACUCGUUGUGAAAAUACCGUCUUUCAAGCCUUGAUGCAUUGGAUGGAAGUGAACAACGUUGAUCCAACAAGUCUCGAGAAGGAUUCUG